UUAACGUACAUAAAACAAAAUAAAUAAAGAGAACCACGUUUACUUAAAACGUUGCAAAAUGAUAAAGCACAACAUAGCAGAUUUACAAAAACAAAUAAACGAAAAGCAGAUGGAGUUGGACAACUUAAAAGAAAUGUUGAAUACAAAAUCGGAAUUUGUCAAUGCAAGUUCAACUGUGGAAGCAUUAGAUUGUUUAGAAAAAAGAGACAAUCUUAACAAUGAACAAAUUGGUAGAUACAGUCGACAGUUAAUAUUGCCAGAGAUUGGAGUAAAAGGACAGUUGUCAUUAAGCAGUAAAUCAGUUUUGAUAGUGGGUGCAGGAGGUUUAGGAUGUCCUUCAGCUAUAUAUCUAGCUGCAGCAGGAGUCGGAAGAAUAGGGAUUGUAGAUUAUGAUGAAGUUGAAUUGAAUAAUCUUCACAGACAAAUUCUACAUACAGAAAAAAGAGUAGGAACACCAAAAUCUUCAUCUGUGGCUUCAUCCUGCACACAGUUAAAUUCACUUGUUGAGUGUAUUCCUUAUCAUCUGCAAUUAGACAGUACAAACGCCCUGAGACUGAUAAAGCAAUAUGAUGUUGUAUUAGAUGCCACAGACAAUGUAGCUACUAGAUAUUUGUUGAAUGAUGCCUGUAUAUUAGCCAACAAACCACUUGUAUCUGGUAGUGCUUUACGAUUUGAAGGACAAUUAACAGUAUAUAACUAUGAAGGUGGACCAUGCUACAGAUGUUUAUAUCCUAAACCACCUCCACCAGAAACUGUAACCAACUGUUCUGAUGGAGGAGUUCUAGGAGUCAUUCCAGGGAUAAUAGGAUGUAUGCAAGCACUAGAAGCUAUAAAGAUUUGUGCUGGGAUAGAUCCAUCAUUUAGCCAAAAGUUAUUACUGUUUGAUGGCCUGCAAGGUUCAUUUAGAUCUAUUAAAAUCAGGGGGAGACAACCAACAUGUCCUGUAUGUGGAGAUACUCCUAGUAUAACAGAAUUAAUAGACUAUGAACAGUUUUGUGGAGCUAGAGCAAAUGAUAAGGAUAAAGAUUUAACUUUACUGAAGGAUACAGACAGAUUAUCACCAAAGGAUUACAAGAUAAUGCUAGACACCAAACAAGAACAUGUAUUAGUGGAUGUGAGAUUACCAGUGGAAUUAGACAUAUGUCAGCUUCCAGCACAAUCAUAUAAUUUACCAAUGAGUUCUGUAGAUAAAACGGACUGUAUACAAGCUUUAGAAGAAAGAUUAAAAAGCAUUAUUCCUGCAACUGGAGACCCCCUUCCUGUAGUGGUUGCUUGCAGAAGGGGAAAUGAUUCACAAGUUGUCACACAAAAAUUAAAAGACAAAUUUAAAGAUUUGAACUUGGACAUAAAGGACUUGAAAGGUGGAUUAGUUGGAUGGACUAGACAUGUGGAUAAAAAUUUUCCUAUAUACUAAAUAAACUUUAUUACAGCAACAA